AUGUCAAAACUGCGGCAUUACCGGUCCAUGGAUCAGCCGUGCAGCAGCACCUGCGUGGUCAUACGCAAAAAGACGAUGACAGCCAUUUGCUUCGUGUGCAACCUGCCCAUCAUGUCGCACCAAGUGGGUUUGGUGUGGCAGGGCGGCAACGGCUGGGACGAUCUUGUGCGGGAACAGCUGGAGGAGUCCACCAUCCGGCAGCGGCUGGGCGGCCGGCGGGACUCGGCGGCCCAGAUCACCACGCCGCCGAGCACCUCGCCGCCGCCGGGACUGCAGCGCCGGCGGCGCAGCUCGCUGGCCCAGCUGACGGACAUCCUGCGGGAGUGGAGCGGCGGCACCAAGCAGCAGCAGCAGCAGCAACACCACUCGCAGCAGCAGCAGCAGCAGCAGCUGCAGCAAGCAUCCCGCUCCAAGGCGCAGCUGAAUCGCCGCGAAACGCUGGCGGACCUGGCCCGCAGCCUGCCGUGGCGCACCUCCACCACCACGGAUGCGAGCACGGGUGCCGGGGGCUCCGGCGGUGCUGGUUGCACCACCUACAUGGCGCCUCGCAAGCGGCGCGAGUCGUCCGCGGACUCGGGCAUCCGGAGCAUGAGGUCGCGGCGGGACUCGAAUACCGCCGAGUUCGUGAGGCACUGGAAUCGCCGCGAGAGCGGGGCAGUUGAGGAGCAGCCCAGUGUCUCGGUGCCCGUCGUCGUCGAGUGCUCCAAGAGCGCAUCCCGGCGCGGAUCCGGAGAGAGCUACCUGUCCAGCAGUCGGCGCGACAGCAAUGUGGCCGGUCGGGUGACCACGCCCCCGCCACCCGGCAAGUACCAGAUGGCCAAGAAGCGCGACUCACUGGCCGCGCCGGAAUUCCCAAACUUCCGGCAGGAGCAGCGCCCGUCCACCAGUUCCGCCGGCUCCUGCUCGGACCACUCCAUGCCCCUGAUCUCGACGCACUCGAGCACUCACCACCUGGCCCACCAGCAGGUGGACUCCGCGUGCCAGGCCCUGCCGCCGCCGACGAUCAUCACCAGCUCCGUGACGCCUCCGGCAACGAGUCCAACGGCGCCGAAGGGUCGUCGCGACUCACAGACGCAGUGCGGCCGCGUCAAUCGGCGGGACUCCAAGGCAGGCGUCAGUCCGGAGCGCGCGCCACGCCUCCAGCGGCUGCAGCGCCAGGCGACCGCCUUCGACGAGGGCUGCCUGCCGGGCGGCAGUAGGCGCGGCUCCCAGCCCGCCCUCAGUCCCGAUCCGCCGGACGACUGCGAGAGGCGCACCUCUCGGCGGGAUUCCCUGUCACCGGACAGCGCCUCGCGUGGCGGUCGCCGCGAUUCCCGGACGCAUCUAUCGCCGGAUCGCUCCCACGAGCGGGAUGGCAGUCCCAGGCGCCACACACUCCGCAGGCAGAGCAGCUCGGCAGCCAGAUCGCCGAGAUCGCCGGACUCGAACAGCUGCUGCUCCUCCCGGGAUCCCAGUCCCUGCUCUAGGCCACAAACGCAGACCACCGUCGAGCAGAACCAGCGGCCGGCCAUCCGGCGGCAGUCCACCACCGAGGAGAUCCUCAUCGCCAGGGGAUUCCGGCGACAGUCGACCACCGAGGAGAUGAUCCGCUGCCGCAACUUUCGGCGGCAGAGCUCCCAGAGCGACGACGUCUGUCGUUAUCGUGGCAGACGCGACUCGUCGGCGCAGAUCAUCGACGGCACCAUCGGCACCAUGACCGUGGAGACGACCAGCACCUUCUUCGACUCCAGCACCCAGACAGAACCAUCGCCGCUUUAUGACAACAAUCACUACCACGAGGAGUGCCUGCGCUGCAAUUCGUGUGGUCUGAACUUGACUGGGCCCAACCAAAAACGGGCCAGGAGAUUCAAGAACCAGAUCCUGUGCGACCUGCAUUUCGCGGACGUGGCCCUAAUGGAAUGCUCCGAUUUCAUGCAGCAGCUGCGGAGCUUCAAGCCACAAUCCUUGGGCUGCGCGGUGGCCAGGCGCAAAAGUUCCACGACGCUGAUAUUCCCGCUGCCACCGCAGGCUUGCUCAGAUGAGUUCUGCGAGGAGUAUCCGCACAAUCUGAUGCCCACGCCGGGUUACUGGAUCGAGUGCUCCCGCCAGAAGAUCACCAUGCCCACCCCGCACACCAUUUGGGAUGAGAGCGACUCGGAGCACGAGGACAUCCGGGCAGGAAGUGCCAGCGACGCCUAUCUGGAGCGGGAGUGCAGCGAUCUGUACGAGGAUGACGAGGACUCCGAAGCCACGCCCAGUCCGCGCAAGAAGACCACCAUCGAGGAGCAGUGGGACCAGCAGGGCGCCUUCGAACUGAUCUCCGUGGAGCAGGAGACGUACGAGAAGUACUUCUACGGCACCGAGCACUGGAACUACUUCACCAGCGACGAGGACCUGGGUCCGGUCAUCCUGUCCAUCAAGCAGGAGACGCUCAACGGACGCGAUCAGUUCCGCAUCCUGGUUCGGGCUGGAUCCUACACGGUGCAUGGACUGAUACCGGCCUCCUGUGUGUUUGCAGAUAGAUAUAAUCGCGAGGAAGUAGUUAGAUCUUUAGGUAAAGAAGUUAAUUUAAAUCCACCUUUAACGUUAGGACAAUUACCCGACACGCCAGAGGAAUUAUUAAAAUUAGAUCAGGUUUUUAUAAAAUCAGAGUUAAAAGUUGGCGUCAUAUUUGUCAAAGAGGAUCAGUAUACCGAAGAGCAAAUUCUGGACAAUAAUGAAAAUUCACCGCUCUUCGACGAGUUCCUCACCCUUCUGGGCGAUCGAGUUCGGCUGCGCGGAUUCGAUAAGUACAAAGGUGGCCUUGACACGGUGCACGACCUGACAGGUCUCUUCUCCGUCUACACGAACUGGCGCAACAUCGAGAUCAUGUUCCACGUGUCCACGCUGCUGCCCUACGAGAAGCACGAUCCGCAGAAGCUCCAGAGGAAGCGCCACAUUGGCAACGAUAUCGUCUGCGUGGUCUUCUUGGAGGCGGAUAACACCCGCUUCAGUCCCGCCUGCAUCAAGAGCCACUUCCUGCACACCUUUAUCCUGGUGCGUGUUUCCGCCAGGAUUAAGCACAAGCCCACGCGAUACGAGGUGUCCGUGGUGACCCGCGACGAGGUGGGUGCCUACAAGCCCUAUUUGUGGGAGCAGUCCGUCUUCGAGAAGGGGCCGAUGUUCCGGGAAUGGCUGCUGACCAAGAUCGUGAAUGGGGAGAGAGCCUCCUAUUCGGCUCCGAAAUUCGCGCGAAUGCAGGAGCGGACGCGGUCGCAGAUGCUCGAGGAUCUGGUGAUGAAUCUAUCGAACCAUGCGGAAACUGGACAGAUACCGAAGCCAUACAGACGCGGCAGUUGGCGACCGAUCGGUGAGGAUGAAUAUAUCAAAAUGUUGCAUGCCCGAGUCCUAGACAACAACACACACCACGAGCAGCAGCAGCAGCAGCAGCAGCAGCAGCAGCAGUUGCUGCUGCAGCGGCAACAACACACGCCACACUUGCCGUCGCACCACAUGUGCUGCUAUUGCAACAACAGUGCCACUGAGCUGCAAGCAGCGCCUGCAACACACAACAAUAAUGACAAAUACACCACAUCCACACACAGACACAACAACAGUUAUUACUCUGCGCAGCAGCAGCAACAACAACUGCCACAACUGCCACAGCAGCAGCAACAUGCAAGCCAGCAGCAACAGCAAUUGCUGCAGCCACCACAACAGCAACUGCAACACCAACUGCAAUUGUCGGCGUCGCCACUCACACACACGUCGUGCUGUGCCAUGUUGCACCUGUGUGCGAGGCAUAGUCACAUGCGACCCUCGUCGCCGCUGCUGGAUUCCGUUCGCGAUCAAUUCGAGGACUACGAUCAGUUGGCCAAGGACUUUACCCGCGUAUUUCUAAAUGAAGAACCAUCGUGCCUGACCAACGCCCAUCUCUUCGAUGUCGUUUUCCUGGUGGGUCAGUCCAAGCAAAAGGCGCGAUUCAUUGGAGUUCGAGCGAUUCUCGGGGUGCGGAGUCGAGUAUUUCAGGAAAUGCUAUAUGGCAUUCAGACCGGCUUCGGAUCGCCGCAGAUCCCGGUCGCGGAGAUCUUCGCGCGCCCAGCUCCAUCGCUGGUCUCCCCGCAGAACCAGAAGCCGAAGAGCAACAACUACCUGACCGUUCCCGACUCCGAUUCGAUACGACCGAAGAGCGUGCCCUCGUCGCCGAUGGUGAAGAGGGCCUUCUCCCGGCUGGGAACCAUUACGGCCGGAUGGGGUCGCUCCAUACGGAACAAGAACACCAAUCAGCUGAAUCCGGAUGACAAGAAGAAGUGGAUAUCGUCGACAGAUUGUUCGAACAGGGACAGCAAGGACAAGGACAAGGACAAGCCGGGCAACAACCAGCUGGCCGUGCCACGCCUCUCCGUCUGCGCCGACGCCCAGAAGGUCGAUCGCGCCAAAUUGGCCCAAACGGAGUUCAACAUCAUCGAAUUCGAUCCGGACACAUUCCGGGUGCUGCUCGACUACCUGCACACGGGCACCUGUCCGCUGACCUGCGUCUCCAUACCAGGGCUACUGUGUGCCGCGGAGCACUACGACCUGCCGGAGCUGCUGCAGGCGUGCUUCCACCACUGCAAGCAGUUCCUGCGCAUCGAGGUGGUCUGCCCGAUGCUCAUCUCGCUGGAGAACUACUACUGGCGCUACACAUCCGCCUCCGAGCUGGUCAACAUGAUCCUGUCGUUCGUGGAGAGCAAGGCGCACUCGCUGUUCAAGUGCCCGGAGUUUCUGCACCUAUCCGAGUCGAUGGUGCAGAUGAUCAUGUGCCGGGAGCUGCAGACGCCCGAGAUACGCAAGUUUGAGGCGAUGCUGGCGUGGGCCCAACACAAGGUGGGCAAACUGAAAAAUCAUCCGAACAAGGACACCCAGUUCGAGUUCGAAUGCAUAAUGGAGCGACUGACGCGGGAUCUAAAUCUGUGCCGGAUCUCGCCCAGCGAGCUGCUCACCGUCGUCCUGCCCUCCAAGUCGAUGAAGAACGAACGCAUCAUGGAGACGCUCAUGGUGCAGGUGAAUCUGGGGACCUACCGGAUGCCCGAGUUGGAUGCGUACCGUCAGCAGUUGCGCCAGCAGGAGUCCGCCGAGGCCACCGUCCAGGUCCACCGGGCCCUUCAGAACCACCACCAUCCGCCACCCAUCGAUGCUCGUGCCUAUGCCAUGGCCUCCCUGGCCGCCGCCCUUGAGAUGCAGCCCCUCCAGCCGAACGCCGCCCGCGAUGCCGCCGACGAGGAGGUGGAGCUGUACGCCAGUUUCGAUAAUGCACCCAGCACCAGCCGGGUGGCCGCCCAAAUGCAGGCCGCCAAGGAGGCGCGCCGGAAGCGGUGGGCGGCCGAUGGGGCCAGCGGGAGCAGCGGGGACGGCGGAUGCGCCAGCGGGAGCAGCGGCAGCGGGCGGCGUUACUAAAUGGAUGGAUGUGUUCCCGUGUGACUGGGUUAAGCGUGUAGCCAACUUGGCACUGAAA